AUGGGGUCUGUGUCAAUCCCUAUGCUGAUUAGUGGCAUUGCUGAUUGUAUUGCCCAGCUAAUAAGAAUAGCUGAAGAGCUUUUACAGCUGCUUGCGCAAGAACAAAUGGCUUGUGCAGAGCAAAAUGAUAGAGCCGAAGAGAUGGCAGGAGCUGCAGCUCCUCCUGAGGAAGAAGAUACACUACCAGACCUUGCUGAGUUCUCAGACUUAGAAUCAAUACUUGCACCAAGACAAGAUGAAGACCUAAUCGUUGACAUAGAUCAAGCAAUGUUAGACGUAGAAGAAUUACAAGAUGUACUCUCUAGCAUAAACGAAGACUUAAGAAGUGGAUAA